CCAGCAGCGCUGCCCGGGCCGGGCCGGGCCGGGCCAUGCCCCGGGGCGGUCAGCCCGACCCACGGCCGGGCCGCGGCCGCGCACCGAACCGCCGGGGCCACCGCGCUGGCGGGACCGCUGCGGGGCGCGGGGACACCGCGACAUCGGCGCUGCGGCCCCGGAGGCUCCGGCCGGGCCUGGGAGCGCAGCGGCGCUCACCAAGCCGCCGAGGAUCCCCGGACCCUGCCCGUCCCGCACUCACCGGCCAUGGCAGCCCCGGCCCCGCCCGGCCCGCGGGCUGCGGCCUUCGCACGGCGGCCUUCGGCCUUCCUGCCAGGCCGGGACGGGGCGGGGCGGGGCGGGGUGGGACGGCAGGCGCAGGGCACCGCCUCCCGGGCCCGGAGGCGGCGGGGGAAGCGCGGAGCCGGGGAAGCGGAGCGCAGGGCUGGGGGCAGCCGGGGCGGUACCGGGGCAGGUCCCCCCUGAGCCCCCCCCGUAGGCCACAUCGGCGUUCCCAUCACCUUGACUUUCGAGCACACAGUGAUUCAAAGCACAGUGAGUGAAGUGGAAACGAAAAUCAAUCCCUCAGGAAUGCUGCGAUAUACAGUGCCACACUGCCUGGAGAUAUUUUUGUCCUGCAAACUCAGAUAAAUACACAAGAAGCAGAGGUUAAACAUAUCUCCUCCUCAUGCCGGUGGCACGCAAGACCUCUGCAGCAGGAUCGCUGUCAAGGUUCGCUUUGCACAGACAGAUCCUGGCGGAGCCACACGUCCACAGCAGAGGCCGCCGCCGUGCCCGUGCUCCUAGGGAGGGAAGGACCAAGCUGGGGCUGGUCCCGAACGCCCUCCCAUGGUGACAGUCACAACCCGUGACAGCCACAGCGCGCAGCCGGGUGGGGAAGCCGCAUCGCGAACCGCGAGGGGAGAAACGCGUCCCUCACCCCGCUGCGGAGAGAGCGGCACGCCGCGAACCCCCGCUGCCUGACAGAGCCCAGUGCCCUUCCAAAACUCUAAUUCAUUUCAGAGUUCUGCCUCCGCAUUUAGUGGCCAUGCGAAGUGACCUGCACAACGUUUCUUUUCCCAGCAGACUGAUUUCCUGCUUAGCUAAUCUCAAAAGCCAGUACUGUUUCCCCCCCGCUAAAGCGACCGAUUUGUUUAUUUAAGUGAACUAUUUUACUUACUAAAUAACACCCUUGUCCUGGCAACAUUAUCAUGUAGUGUUUUAUCUGUUAACUGUUGGAUCACAAUACGCUUUGUUGUUUUCCCACCGCCAGAGGACUGAAUCUCUUUAGCAACAAAUUAAAUCUAGAUAGCGCAAGCA